AUGCCAACAGCAGAAAUCAGUCGAGGCAUGUGCAAAGAGUCGCUCAAGUCUACAAAAGGCAAACAAAAUAACAGAUCAGACCCCAUUUUUCUACUCGACAUAAAAAAAAAGAUAAAAAGAUGGUAUAGAAGGCUGCAUCAGAGACGAAAAAGCAUCAACACAAUGUGUUCAGAGACUCUAGUUUGUUUAAAUGUCAAGGUCAUCAACAGCAACCUCUAA